AAAUAAAAUAAAUAAAUAAAUAAAAAAAAUAAAACAAAGUCACCCAUCCAACUAAUCCAUAGUGACAGAAAGCAGGUCAGUGGUUAUGUGGGGACAGUGUAGGGGAGGAGGCGAAGGUCAGAGGUGGUGCAAAGAAAUUUUGGGGGAUGAUGGAUAAUUUCCCUAUCUUGAUUGUGUGUACAGUUUCAUGGGUAUAUAUAUAUGCCAAAACGUAUCAAAUUGCACACUUUAAAUAUGUGCAGUUUAUUGUAUGCCAAUUAUACUCCAUGAAGCUGUGAACAAAAGGCUCCUAUCUGGUCAGAGGCAGCGGAGGGACAAGGGCACACAUCUUGUGCUUCAUGGUCUUCACACCCUGCUAAUCCCAGCACUGUCUUAAAACCAAAGCUUAUUAUAAGUCAUAAAAGUACCUUUUCCCAUACUGUCAUUUUUUAAAACUCUGUAUUUCUAAAUUUUCUAUAAUAAAACAUAAUAAUACCCUUAAAACAAGUAGCAAAUGCCCUUCAGCAGUUCCAAUCUGACCUGGUCCUUAGAUGGAAGUGUACCCUACAGAAUUGGGAAGGGGUGGGGAACAGAGAAAGGUGUGAUUUGUUCUUUUUUUGCUAUGUUCAUCUCGAGCAAUGCAUGUGAAAAAUAUCUUUUCUGGAUGCAUCCAGUGAAUUUAAUUUAGGAUAAAAAAAAUUGAGAGGAACCAGGUUUCUAUGAUAGGACUGUGGUUUGUGGUGGUAGCUGGUGGUCCCCACUAGGUUGAAAUAGUUUCUGAACAACCCCCAGAUGAGGAAGAGGCAGGAAGCCGUCUAGGAAGUACCAACUCUUCUUUUUCUCCUUCUUUCCCUGAUCAAACACCCCGGGCCACCAGGUUUGGCCAGCUUCCAGAGGUCCAACAUGGCUUCUUUGUGGAGAAUAUGAAAGUGCAGAGAUAAAGAGACAGCAUCUCACUAUGUUAUCCAGGUUGGGUCUCAAACUCCUGGCCUCAAGUGAUCCACCCAACUCAACCUCCCAAAGCAUUGAGAUGACAAGGCCAACCUUUUACUUGAGAUCCACAUCAUGGUCCUGUCGUGUGGGGAACUGGCCUCUGGGUCCCAUGCCCCGCAGCUCUGGUCCAGUGAGCAAAGAUUGAAGCGCUCGUGAAGGACAUGCAGAACCCAGAGACAGGGGUCCGAAUGCAGAACCAGAGGGUCCUGGUCACCAGCGUUCCUCAUGCCAUGACAGGAAGUGAUGUUCUGCAAUGGAUCGUCCAGCGGCUUUGGAUCUCCAAUCUGGAGGCACAGAACUUGGGCAACUUUAUUGUCAGGUAUGGCUACAUUUACCCCCUGCAAGACCCCAAGAAUCUCGUUCUCAAGCCUGAUGGCAGCCUCUACCGAUUUCAGACACCGUAUUUCUGGCCCACCCAGCAGUGGCCAGCUGAAGAUACCGAUUACGCCAUCUAUCUGGCCAAGCGAAAUAUCAAGAAGAAAGGAAUUUUGGAAGAAUAUGAAAAGGAAAAUUACAAUUUCUUGAACCAAAAAAUGAACUAUAAGUGGGACUUUGUCAUUAUGCAGGCCAAAGAGCAGUACAGGGCUGGAAAGGAGAGGAACAAAGCAGACAGAUAUGCCCUGGACUGCCAGGAGAAGGCAUACUGGCUGGUGCACCGAUGCCCGCCUGGAAUGGACAAUGUGCUGGACUACGGCCUGGACCGAGUAACCAAUCCGAAUGAAGUCAAGGUAAACCAGAAACAAACAGUCAUUGCUGUCAAAAAAGAGAUCAUGUAUUACCAACAGGCCUUGAUGAGGUCCACAGUGAAGUCUUCCGUGUCCCUGGGAGGGAUUGUGAAAUACAGUGAGCAGUUCUCAUCCAACGAUGCCAUCAUGUCAGGCUGCCUUCCCAGCAACCCCUGGAUCACCGAUGACACCCAGUUCUGGGACUUAAAUGCCAAAUUGGUGGAAAUCCCAACCAAGAUGCGAGUGGAACGAUGGGCCUUCAACUUCAGCGAACUGAUCCGAGACCCUAAAGGUCGACAGAGCUUCCAGUACUUCCUCAAGAAAGAAUUCAGUGGAGAGAAUCUGGGGUUCUGGGAAGCCUGCGAGGAUCUGAAGUACGGAGACCAGUCCAAGGUCAAGGAGAAAGCAGAGGAGAUUUACAAGCUGUUCCUGGCCCCAGGGGCGAGGCGCUGGAUCAACAUAGACGGCAAGACCAUGGACAUCACAGUGAAAGGGCUGAAGCACCCCCACCGUUAUGUGCUGGACGCCGCACAAACCCACAUUUACAUGCUCAUGAAGAAGGAUUCUUAUGCUCGCUAUUUAAAAUCUCCGAUCUAUAAGGAAAUGCUGGCCAAAGCUAUUGAACCUCAGGAAACCACCAAGAAAAGCUCCACCCUCCCUUUUAUGCGGCGUCACCUGCGAUCCAGCCCAAGCCCUGUCAUCCUGAGGCAGCUGGAAGAGGAAGCCAAGGCCCGAGAAGCAGCCAACACUGUGGACAUCACCCAGCCGGGCCAGCACUUGGCUCCCAGCCCCCAUCUGACUGUGUACACCGGGACCUGUGUGCCCCCGUCUCCUUCUAGCCCCUUCUCCUCCUCCUGCCGCUCCCCCAGGAAGCCUUUCGCCUCACCCAGCCGCUUCAUUCGGCGACCCAGCACCACCAUCUGCCCCUCACCCAUCAGAGUGGCCUUGGAGACCUCAUCAGGCUUGGAGCAGAAAGGGGAGUGCAGCGGGUCCAUGGCCCCCCGUGGGCCCUCCGUCACUGAGAGCAGCGAGGCCUCCCUUGACACCUCCUGGCCUCGAAGCCGGCCCAGGGCACCUCCUAAGGCCCGCAUGGCUCUGUCCUUCAGCAGGUUUCUGAGACGAGGCUGUCUGGCCUCACCUGUCUUUGCCAGGCUCUCACCCAAGUGCCCUGCUGUGUCCCACGGGAGGGUGCAGCCCCUGGGGGACGUGGGCCAGCAGCUGCCACGACUGAAAUCCAAGAGAGUAGCAAACUUUUUCCAGAUCAAAAUGGAUGUGCCCACGGGGAGCGGGACCUGCUUGAUGGACUCAGAGGACGCUGGAACAGGAGAGUCGGGUGACCGGGCCACAGAAAAGGAGGUCAUCUGCCCCUGGGAGAGCCUGUGAGGGAAAGGCAGGCAGAGCUGGGGGCUCUGGACCAGGAAGAUGCUCUGACAGAUGCCAUGGGAUGGGCCACAGGACACACUUACUCGAGAACCAAAGUGCAUUUGAGUGACAUUUGAGGGUUGGGGAGACAAGAUGGGGUAGAUUGUGGCAAAGAAUGCUCUGGCUGGUUACCAGGGGCCAACUCCUUCUCCUCCUGACCCUCCCUCCCUUGGGCAGAAGAAAGGCAUGUAGACCAGGAGACUUUCCCUGCUGCCUUAAAAACAAUAAAAGGUUAACUUUAAGUUUCUUGGAA